CUAAUAAGACAAAGUGAACUGCGAUUUGAAGAUACAUUUGCAUGCGUAAAACCAAUCGAAGAACAAGAAAAACAAACAUUCUCUUCUUUCUCUGUCUUGUUUUUCUUACAUUACACUUCACUCUUUGUCUCUUCCACCCUUCGGUUAGCAAGUCUCACACUAAGUUUUUGGCGGGAGAUAGACCCCACCAAAUUAAAAACAAAGCCUUCUUCUCAUAAAUGCAACAACCCCUCUUUCCCCUUCUCUCAUAAACAACCUUCAUAUAACAUAACAACCAUUUCACACACUCAUCUCUCUCUCAACUUCACAACAUGCCAUCUUCGUCGGUUCUUACAUUCCUCUUCCAAAACGGCUGCGUUCCAAUCACCAUUCACUUUAAAACGAACAUGACACAUUCUCUGUUUCUCUUUCAAUUUCUUGUUUUCAUAUUUCACGUUUUGUUCACUUUCAUUCCAGCGCUUUCACUCUCCUCCGACGGCCUCGCGCUUCUCGCUCUGAAGUCCGCCAUCGACCAGCCUUCCUCCGCUUUCUCCGACUGGAACGACGGCGACGUCACGCCCUGCGCCUGGUCGGGAAUCGUUUGUGCCAACAUAUCUGGCGAGGAGGACCCCCGUGUGGUCGGAAUCUCCCUCGCCGGGAAAUCCAUCUCCGGUUACCUCCCGUCAGAGCUUGGUACUCUGCGCUUCCUCCGCCGACUUAACCUCCACGACAACGCCUUCUCCGGCGUCCUACCGGCGCAGCUCUCCAACGCUACCGCACUCCACAGCCUCUUCCUCCACCGUAACAACCUCUCCGGCCCCAUCCCCCACUCUCUCUGUAGCCUCCCGCGCCUCCAAAAUCUCGACCUCUCCGAAAAUGCAUUCUCCGGUCAUAUUCCCGACCUCCUCGGAAACUGCAAGAAUCUCCAGCGCCUUAUCGUCGCCGGCAACAGGUUUUCGGGUGAGAUUCCCGCCGGCGUGUGGCCGGAACUUCAGAACCUCCUCCAACUCGACCUCUCCGCGAAUGAGUUAACCGGUUCAAUCCCUGACGAAAUUGGAACCCUAGUUUCCCUCUCUGGCACGCUGAAUCUCUCCUUCAACCACCUAUCCGGUAAGAUUCCGGCGUCGCUGGGAAAAUUACCGGCGACGGUGAGCUUCGAUUUCAGAAACAACAACCUCAGCGGAGAAAUUCCCCAAACGGGGUCGUUUUCAAACCAAGGUCCCACGGCGUUCCUUGGAAAUCCUAACCUAUGCGGGUUUCCUCUUAGAAAAUCAUGUUCCGGUUCGGACCGGGAUUUUUCUCCCGGUUCGGAUCAAAACAAACCGGUCCACCGGUCAAAGGGGUUAAGCCCCGGUUUAAUUAUUUUAAUCUCCGCGGCUGAUGCUGCUGUUGUGGCCUUCAUUGGGCUUGUGAUUGUUUAUGUCUAUUGGAAGAAAAAGGAUGAUGAGAAUGCGUGUAGUUGCAUUAGGAGAAGAAAGUUCGGCGAAGAGAAAGGGAGCGUGUGUUUCUGUGGUGGAUUCCCAUGUGUUAGUGGGGAGAAAAGUGAUGAUGAUGAUGAUGAUGAUGAAGAUUAUGAGGUGGAGGCGGCUGAGGGUGAGGGUGAAGGGGAAUUGGUGAGGAUUGAUAAGGGAUUGAGUUUCGAACUUGAUGAGCUGUUGAGGGCUUCUGCUUACGUGUUGGGGAAGAGUGGGUUGGGAAUUGUGUAUAAGGUGGUGUUGGGGAAUGGGGUUCCUGUGGCUGUGAGGAGGCUGGGGGAGGGAGGGGAACAGAGGUACAAGGAGUUUGCUGCAGAGGUUAUGGCCAUUGGGAAGGUCAAGCACCCUAAUGUUGUAAGGUUGAGGGCUUACUAUUGGGCACAUGAUGAAAAGCUUCUCAUCAGUGAUUUCAUCUCCAAUGGCAAUCUCACACAUGCCCUUAGAGGGAGAAAUGGCCAACCAUCUACAAAUCUUUCAUGGUCCACCAGGCUGAAAAUCGCAAAAGGAACAGCGAGGGGCUUGGCCUAUCUCCACGAAUGCAGCCCAAGAAAGUUCGUCCAUGGUGACAUUAAACCCUCCAACAUCCUACUUGACAACGAAUUCCAACCCUACAUUUCUGAUUUUGGCCUGAACCGUCUGAUCAGCAUUACCGGCAACAACCCCUCCACCGGCGGAUUCAUGGGUGGAGCUCUUCCUUACAUGAAGUCUUCACAGAAAGAGAGAAGCGACAAUUACAAAGCCCCUGAGGCUCGUGUCCCUGGGUGCAGACCCACCCAGAAAUGGGACGUGUACUCAUUUGGGGUUGUGUUGCUUGAAAUACUAACUGGGAGGUCACCAGAAUCAUCUCCCACCACAUCAACUUCCAUGGAAGUCCCUGACUUGGUAAGGUGGGUGAGGAAAGGGUUCGAUCAAGAAAGCCCGUUAUCUGAGAUGGUUGAUCCAUCGCUGCUCCAAGAAGUGCGUGUUAAGAAAGAGGUGCUGGCUGUGUUUCACGUAGCUUUGGCUUGCACUGAAGGAGACCCUGAGGCUCGGCCAAGGAUGAAAACUGUCUCUGAAAAUCUUGAUAAGAUUGGAACGUAACGUUCAAACUUUGCAUUGUGCUAUCUCUAUGACUCAGUCUGUGAUGGAAAUUUAUUCAAAAGAUGCACUUCAAUCUAACAAUCCAUUUCUGUGGUAACUCAGAAGGUUUUAUGCUUGGCAUCAACAUGGUGCUGCAAACCCGUUUCUUCAAUUUCGGAUAAGCCCCUUUUACAUUUGUUUCUGGAAAUGAAUUAAUUUUUUUGAGAGCUGUAAUUAUCGCUUGUCUCAUUCUCAUUUUAUUAUUUUUCUUUAGAGGAAAUUGUUAGAUAUUUUAAUUUUUAUUCGUAUCAGCUUUCCUCCAACAUGUGAUUGCAAUAUCAUAAUGUCUUGCGUUUUAUCA